AUGGUUUCAUCACGUGAUCUCAUGUGAACAUGGCGGAGGACAACUAGUAAAAGGGAACAAGCUGUCCUCUCUCAUACCCAGUUACUGUGUAUACCAAAGGAAGGAUUGAUAGGCCUAAUGGCCAGUGACAAUAAGGAGCCGGCCCGUGAAGGCGUCCCUGAAGAACAGAGCAAUCCUCCGCCGGUUGAGAACGAGAUAAAGAAAGGAUUGACUGACUCAAAGAGACCUGAUGAAUUAGGGAAAGGAGUGGAUCCUCCAGGAAAGAGACAGGAUGGCGAUGGAGAGGAGUGUGCCCAUGCUAUGGAUAGUGAGACACAGAACCGGUUGAGAGGGUUCCUUGAAGUGGCUGGCGUUAAACUCUCUCACGUCGACACUCAAACCUUCCAAGAUCCCGAGAUACUACGGAAACUAACCAACUGUGUCAGUAAUGCUCUUGAUGAAGCUGCUCUCGCUCUCAAUCGGAUGAGAUCUAGACAGGGAGACAGAGAGGAACCUCCUAAUCCUCAGAAUGGUAAGGAUCUGUUAUCUCUUGCCGAUGGUGAAGACCCCAAGUCUCAUCACUUCACUGACAUACAGGCACUUCAACACUUACUGGGACAAGCUGGUCAGGGCAUUAAUGAUUCCACUGAAGAUGGUGACAGUUUGUUGUCUCUGGCAUGUUCUGCCGGUUACUUUGAAUUGGCUGAGGUCCUCCUUAGGAUGAGGGCCAGUGUGGAGGACAAAGGAAUGAAAGGUGACUCUACUCCGCUAAUGGAAGCUGCUUCAGGAGGUUACGUUGACAUCAUUAAACUCUUGAUAGAACACGGAGCUAGGGUCAAUGCUACUUCAAGUGUUGGUAAUACAGCUCUUACUUAUGCCUGCUGUGGUGGGUUUGAAGACGUGGUUAAGGUGCUCCUUGAGAACCAGGCGACAGUCGAACAUCAGAACGAGAAUGGCCACACCCCCUUAAUGGAGGCUGCUUCAUGUGGUCACGUCGGUGUGGCCAAGCUGUUAUUAGAAUAUGGUGCUAAUAUUAAUACUCAUUCUAACGAGUUCAAGGAAAGUGCUCUGACCCUCGCCUGUUACAAGGGACACCUGGACAUGGUCAAAUUCCUACUGGAUGCUGGUGCUGAUCAGGAACAUAAGACUGAUGAGAUGCACACGGCACUGAUGGAGGCGUGUAUGGACGGACAUGUUGAAGUUGCACGCCUCCUCUUGGACCACGGAGCACAGGUCAAUAUGCCUGUUGAUAGUUUUGAGUCUCCAUUGACUUUAGCUGCUUGUGGUGGACACUACGAACUGGCAGCACUCCUUCUCUCAAGAGGAGCUGACCUAGAGGAGGUCAAUGAUGAGGGUUAUACUCCAUUGAUGGAAGCAGCUAGAGAAGGUCAUGAUGAUGUAGUUCAGUUGCUUGUUGAACAAGGUGCUAAUGUUAAUACCCAGACUGAGGAGACCCAGGAGACUGCUCUUACCCUGUCUUGUUGCGGAGGGUUCUUAGACAUCACUCAGUAUCUUGUAGAUCAUGGUGCUAAUAUUGAGCUAGGAGCCUCCACCCCUUUAAUGGAGGCGUGUCAAGAAGGACACAUUGAUAUCGUGAAGUACCUUAUUAGGAAGAACGCUAACAUUCAAGCUGUUACCAACACUGGGGACAGUCCAUUGACAUAUGCAGCUGCUAAUGGACACACAGGGAUAGUGGAUCUACUCAUUUCCUGUGGAGCUAACGUGGAGCAUGAGUCUGAAGGUGGGAGGACUCCGCUGAUGAAAGCAGUUCGAGCUGGACACUUGGAAACAGCUCAAUACCUUAUUUCUAAAGGUGCUGAUAUCAAUAGAUGUACCAGCACUAAUGAUCACACUGUACUGUCCCUGGCCUGCUCCGGAGGCCAUCUUGGAGUAGUCCAGUAUCUGCUCAGGAAAGGAGCUGAUUCAUCUCAUGUGCUCAAGGAUAAUUCCACUAUGAUUAUUGAAGCUGCUCGUGGAGGUCACACUGGAGUCGUUAGUCUGUUGCUACGGCAACCACGCUUUACCGAGACACUACGGAAGCAAAUGAAAGCCCAGCGUUCCGCUGUUGCCAAUGGCAACCAGCGACUAAAGGAAGCAAAUCGUUUAAAGAUCCCACCUCGAAAUAUUCCUCGUAACCCGCCCCCUCGCAACGGAACCAGGAAUAAUGAUAAUCACCAUAGUUCCGCUGGCGGUACAUGUACAUGUCACGAGGGAGGGAGUGGCUCCGAUAUUAAUAACCAGUCAAUGACCACACCCUCUAGUAAUAAGUGCUCAAGCCCCACCCACCAGUCCGAUACUGUACAUGUACAUGUACCUCAUCAACAGGUCGGACUCAAACACGUCCCUCCUCCUCAUUCUGUGGCCCCGCCCACUUCUACUAUUAGUGACACACCCACUUCUCAUACUACAGUCUCUGAAGCUCCCCCCACUGGCUCACCUCAAGAGUCCUUAUUAGGAGAAACGUUCUCAGGAACAUUUCGGUUUUCAUCAUCAGAAGGAGGGGGCGUGGCUAACACUGUAGGCGAGUCAGUUCAAUCAGCCACACCUCCUGUUGGUAGCGGGUACCUCCUCCCCUCGGUAUUUGCUGACUCAUCAAGUUACAUCACUCAGGACCGGAUGGACGCCUACUUGAAAGCUGACGAGAUAUUGCGCAAUCACAUGUCCCAGCUGGACUAUCCGAAGCAACAGGCCCUCAUGAGUGCCCUGGAGAACCUCAUGCUACAGAGCGAGGCACACAGAGCUAACAUGUCUACCGGCGUACCAUCGUCCGAUAACCAGUUACCACUAGACACUAAUGUGGCCCCGCCCACUCAAGGGGCGUGGUCAUUCACCGAUCCUUCUCGUAUGCCUCAGUUUGCGAUUGGGUCCACUACUGUAGCUAGUCCUGAGAAGUUAUCAUCAGCGACUAGCUCACCAUCAAAGAUUAAUACUACCAUAGUUUCUAGUUCUACGGAGCCACACCUACAAGAGCCCUGCCCACCCUCAGUGUUUGAUAUUUCCGCUGCUCCUGAUCUCGUACAUGUACCACAUUCUGUACAUCCGCCGUCGCUAGGGACAACCGGAGUAGCACCUCUGCCCACACUCGUUAACCACGGACAGUUCUUUCAGCCAAUAUACACUCCUAAUAUGGGCGUGGGAGGGGGUGGAGUCAAGCAGCUAUCUCACUCAUUGGUGCCAAUGGUGGACAGUCCUCAGCUGAUGGACGGGGGGACUACCCCUGGCUCUACUGAAGUACAGUCACUCACUAACUCAUUCUUUAUGGACGCUAAUUUCCCAGUGGAUAUACCACCACCAGCUGACCUGCUCCCCGAUCAUUUGCAGCACAUGCUUCCAUCAAGUGUCUUCACCUCGUUAAUGGAUAAUGAUAUUCAUAGCUCCUCCUCCUUAAUGGAUAAUGAUACCGAACCAAAUAAUGCUGGAGAUAGAUUUCCUGCUGGUGAUUCCAGUAGUCCCCUUGCUCCCUCCCUCCCUCCUCCUCCCCCUCCCCCGGCUGGGGGCAGUCCCUCUGCCCUCCCCUCAGGGUCCUACGAGGCAGCCAUUGAGAUAGACCAGCACACUGAGAGUAACCAUGACACUGCACUCACCCUGGGGGCAGCAGGGGGCCAUGAUGAACUGGUCGAACUACUCCUGGCUAGGGGGGCCAAUAUUGAACAUAGGGACAAGAAAGGUUGUACUCCAUUGAUAUUAGCAGCUAAUGCAGGUCAUGCCAUGACAGUAGCUAUUCUCCUGGAGCAUGAUGCUGACAUUGAGGCUCAGACUGACAGGACCAAAGACACUGGACUAUCACUAGCUUGCUCUUCUGGACGACAAGAGGUUGUUGAGUUAUUAUUAGCUAAAGGUGCCGACUAUGAACACAGGAAUGUCUCGGACUACACUCCACUCUCACUGGCAGCCUCUGGGGGAUACGUUAACAUCAUCAAACUACUACUGAAGGCGGGGGCUGACAUCAACUCAAGAACUGGUAGCAAGUUGGGAAUAUCCCCGUUAAUGCUAGCAGCAAUGAAUGGACACACCACGACUGUUAAACUAUUACUGGAUUACGGGUCUGAUAUCAAUGCACAGAUUGAGACCAAUCGUAACACGGCACUGACUCUUGCUUGCUUUCAGGGACGGCACGAGGUAGUGAACCUUCUGGUGGAGAGACAAGCUAAUGUGGAGCAUAGAGCUAAGACUGGGUUGACUCCACUGAUGGAAGCUGCUUCCGGAGGAUAUCAUGAAGUAGGACACGUAUUGAUCAGCAAGGGUGCUGACGUCAAUGCUGCUCCAGUCCCCAGUUCCAAGGACUCGUCCCUCACCAUUGCUGCUGAUAAAGGACACUACAAGUUUGUGGAGCUACUUUUAAGAGAAGGAGCUAUUGUUGACGUUAAGAACAAGAAAGGGAACUCACCACUGUGGCUAGCUGCUAACGGAGGUCAUUUGGAGGUUGCUAGGUUACUGGUAGAAAGCAGUGCUGAUGUUGAUACUCAGGACAAUAGAAAAGUUUGUGCUUUGAUGGCAGCCUUUAGAAAGGGUCACUAUAAAGUAGUGAAGUACCUAGUGGAUCAUGUAACUCAGUUCCCGUCAGACUCGGACCUUAAGAGAUACAUCAAUACACUCUCUGAUAAGGACCUGAUCAAAAAGUGCCAGAGGUGUAUGGAGGUGAUUAUAUACGCUAAGGACAGACAAGCAGCUGAGGCUAAUAAGAACGCAUCAAUACUGCUCCAGCAGAUUGACCUGGAGAAGCAACACGAAGAGAACAAGAAGGCUGCAGCUGCUAAGAAAAGAGCCAGGAAGAAGAAGCAAAAAGAAAAGAAGCAAGCUUUGAAAGCUUUAGUAAAGACGAGUAAGAACGGAUCACUUGAUGAUGAAGAUGAUGAACCAGUACAACCUGAGCAUCCCAACGACAAGAACUAUGUGUUCAAAGAGCUGGGACUGCCCCCGGCCGAUAGUAAAGAACCUGAAAGUGCUACCAAUCAUGAGGAUGCCCCGCCCAGUGAGACUCCGCCCAUAUCAAGUGUUAACGAGAGAGAGACUAGACCCAAGGCUUUAUUACCGACACCAACAACUAAAGAACUAGCUAGUUUGGUUGUCUGUACUCCUUCAUUUUCCACAGCUUCACUUGGUUCUCUCCCAGCCUCCUGGUCUAGGUUUAGUGACAGUAGUUCAGUACCUGCGUCUCAGUCCCUCCCCCUCGUUAAGGGAGGGGGCGUGGCCUCAAGUCCUCGGAAGAUUAAGAAAGAUGACGAGUGGAAGGAAGUGGCAAAAAGAUACACAAUUACAAGGAAGAUCACAAUACCUGGUUCCAAGUACAGUUCAGUUGUUGGGAGAGGCAGCAAUAGACUCAUAUUAAUAAGACAACUAACUGGAGCUCACAUUGAGGUGGAGAAGGGAAGCAGACAAGCUCCUUUGAGGAACGUGACAAUAAAGGGCAGUCAAGAUGCUGUCAAACAGGCCAUUCACUUUAUUUCUGUCUUACAAAAAGACCCAAACACAGAUAUAGCUCACCUACCAUCAUCUUCGUCUUUAGGAAAGACUCACAUUAAUCCUGUGUCUCGAUCCAUAGACCCUCCUCCAUCCUUCUCUCUAGUUAAUGAAGCUCCACCCAUUCAAGAUCCUGUUUGGCCCGCCCACACAUUUAAUGAACCUCUAGCUCCACCCACUAGUAAAUCAGAAUCGUUACUUCCAAACCCCACCCACUCUGCCAAGGGGGCGUUACCUUCUUCAAGAGUAUCUAAAGUACCUCAUGAACGGAAACUGACCAAUCCAGUUGUAUCCGCUUCGGUUGCUAUGGUAACUGACUCCUCCCCUCCAGUCCAUCGUUCCGGAGCUGUGAGGCAGUUAUUCACUGAUAGUAGCCGAAGCACUGGGACCACGCCCCCUUUAUUAUCAACUAGUAUGUCCCUGCCGACUAAACUGGGCGUAGUUAAAGGCAUGGCCAUUUCAACUGGUUCCCCACCCACCAGUAUAGACACUGUAACAAGAAGUAGUGCUAACACUAGCAACACAACAACCACUAGUAGUAGCAAUAGCUCAGGGACUAGAACCAAUAAUAAUAAUAAUGGAGGAGAGAGUAGUGCUAAUAAUAAUACUACUGAUAAGCCAUCUACCACUUCCAAGCAACCUGUAAAGCCGCCAGCCCCUCCCACAACUGGACCUGAGCCACACCCACAAAACGUAUUUGAGCAGAUAUUGAAAACCCCAUCACUCUUUCACGACGCUGCGUCUCACAUUACGCAACCUAAGAGAUACUCGGACGCUGUCGGGAAAAGGAGCACAGUUCCCUCUUCAUCGACCAAUGAAAUUGGAGGAAGCUCCAGUGGGAGUGGCAAGGUCUCCUAUUCCAGUGUGAUGAGUGCCCCCUCCUCUUCAGUAGGUGUGGUCAGUGGGAGUGGCUCUAAGAUUAAUUUAGCUCCUGGCUCUAGACCAACCAGUGGGAACAGCGACUCAGGAAAGUCACAGUCCUCUACUAGUAUUACCUCGUCUGAUGUGUCAUCAAAGCUACGAAUGGCUCCCUGGUCUGAGGCUCCUUCUGAUCCUGUAACCUCCUUUAAGAUUCCACCAUCAGGCUCUCCUGUUAGUCCUAACAUGCUUGGACCCAUUGGACCUCCCUCUCGUACUUCUAAAGCUCCUCCUCCUCUGUCUCCGAUAAUCCAAGGCUCUUCUCCUCUCUCUGCCUCUCCCAAGAGUCCGUUGCUAGGGGCAGCACCUGUUGGUCUGUUGCCACUUCCUCCAGUUAACACCAGCACCAAUGAUAAAGAGUUUCGUCCCAUUCAUCCUGAAGGUACUAAUGUUCAAAACAUUUCAGUUCCGACUAAAGUGCCCACUCCAGUUCGUAACAGGAAACCUCUUUUAGCGACACCUCCUGGUUUUGGAACUGUACCAGUUCAUUUUGGUGGUCACAAUCGUUCUCCGUUAUCAAAGAAAUCAAAACCAAUAAGUCCGUUCCAGUCGGGUCCUCCUUCUCCUCCUCCUCCUCCUCUUACUCCCUCUCUCGAUGAUCAAACACCUUCUCCGGCUAAAGCCCCGCCUCCUGCCCCACCUCCUCAGGCAAUCACAUCUAAGAAUGUUAUCCAGUCGAGUAACUUCAAUCCAAACGCACCAACUUUUGUACCAAUGGGGGCGGGGCCUGUCAUGGGAGCAGCUGGUACCACCAGCUCCAUAUUAGGUAAUCCGCCCACGCAAACAAUCAAAUACAGUUUACCAGUUCCAAUGGCCUCAUCGUUACUAGGGACACUCCCGCCAGCUCCACCCCCUCCUCCUCCACCCCCACACCAUCAAGCCCCUCCUUCUGUCCCGCCCACUUCAAUCUCUAGUGGGCAUGUCAUUCCGUCUCCAGUUAUUGUUAAUAGUUCUCUCCCUCCUCCCCCUCCCCCUCCUCCCCCUGGUCCUCCGCCCAUCAAUCAACCAUCACUAUUGGGUCAUCCUCCUAUUCAUCUCUUGGUCCCGCCCCCUAGCAGACCUCUUUAUUACGAAGGGGGAGGUCCCCCUCCGCCCCCUCACCUGAUGCCGCAUCCACCACCCAAUCAGUUUCCUCCCGGGGGUAUGUUGCCACGGGAACCGAUCCCACCUGACCAGUUUGAUGGGCCUCUUGCGCAAUCUGUUUUUGGUUUUUCGUCUUAUGAUAAAGGGAUGGGUGUGGUCGAUCCUCAUGAAGCCACACCCACUGAUCCAUGGAUGGCUUAUGGUAGCUCGUUAGGAUUAACUGGAGGAAAUAACGUAGCAGAUGGAUUCCCGUCUCUCCCAUCUUACCCCCCACCAGGUGGAUCGAUUGAUAAAACUGAUACUAAUCCUUCAAGUGCUUUUGCUCCUCCUCCUCCCCCAGUGGCAGGUGCUCCAUCCACAGUAGCUCCUUUACCAUCACCUUCAAUGAUACCAAGGGCCCAACGGGUGCCCAUUGGAGGGUCAAUGGGUUUUACCCAUGGAGUGGAUCACCACGCCCCCAACAACACACUCAUACUAACUGGUACCACUGGACUGAUGCUUACCUCAACAAUAGAUACUUCGAGUGUUUGGUCACCAUACUCGCCUACAAUAGGUGCUGGAUCAGAUGAAAUUGGUUGGAAGAACAAUCCUGAACAAUCCUGGCCUUCAUCAAGUACUUCACAGUCUCUCCCUCCUUCUCUCUCCUCUUCUCAUCAAGCCCCUCCCCCUGCCCCGCCUACUCUCUCUUCAGUUUCAAAUCAUGUAUCAGCUGAUUCCAGUCCAGUUAAUUCUUACGAUAAUCUCUCGGGCCUGCUUGAUAAACUAGGCCUCUCUAAAUAUCAUAAUUUAUUUCAAAAGAAUGAGAUUGAUCAUCAUGCUCUCUUGCUCAUGAGUGAAAAGGAUUUUGCUGAAGUCGGCAUUCCUAAAGGUCCUCGUGUUAAAUUGUUAAAUGCUAUUGGUCGUAAAACUGAGCUGUCUGAUGGAGAAGAUGAUGAUGAUGAUGAUGACGAUGAUGUGAUUAGAUUCAGUGAGACCGGUGGUGUUAAUGAUGUAUCAGUGGUACCUGAUACUAACAAUUGAUAGUAGCUAGCUGUAGUAGACUGGUGCUGUUUUGCCUCUAACUGAUUGUGUUAAUAGCAAUAAUUAUUAUUGUAAUUAUUAUUAUUAUUAUUAUUGUUAUUAUUAUUAUUAUUAUUAUUGUUAUUAUU